CUCAGUUUUGUAUGGGGGUUCCAAAAACAGUGCGUCUGUCUAGCUGGGUGCAGUAGAGGCUCCAGGGUGACAAAGAUAACCAAAUGGAUCCACCAGCUCACUAAUCCUAAUUUCAUCCAACCUUUAUCUACCUCCUCACUGUUGUGGAAAACAUUCAAGAUUUCUUUGUUCUCUUGCUGGAACAAUCAACAUUCAUAUUUUCUAAAGCUGGAUUCAGAGAGUUGGAGACUUAGCCGCGCAACCCCUGAGCGCCUGCCAAUUGGCUCAUGGCCAUUAACACUGAUAUGGAGGACUGGGGAGGAGUUGGCAGCAAUGACUCUGGAGAGCGAGCGUGGCUCUUGCAGAGCCCCAGCAUGGACUCGGCGCAGCAUCUCGAGUCGGAGAGGAGGCCGAGGGGCAGCGUGUCGUCCUUGGGAGCGGUCUUCAUCGUGGUGAACGCGGCUUUGGGAGCUGGUCUGCUCAAUUUCCCGGCAGCCUUUAAUAUGGCAGGAGGAAUCACGGCGGGCGUGAUUCUUCAAAUGGUCAUGCUGAUUUUCAUUAUCAGUGGGCUGGUGAUUUUGGGCUACUGCUGUCAGGUCAGUAAUGAGUGCACCUAUCAGGAGGUCGUCCGAGCCACUUGCGGAAAAGUCACGGGAGUCCUGUGCGAGGUCGCCAUCGCCGUCUACACCUUUGGCACUUGUAUCGCUUUCUUCAUCGUCGUCGGGGACCAGCUGGACCGUUUGAUUGCGGUGGCGUUUCAUGACGGCUCCAUCAGCGGCUUCUGGUACACAGACCGCAAGUUUACCAUUGUUGUCACUGCAGUUUUGGUCAUUCUGCCUUUGUCCAUUCCCAAAGAGAUUGGCUUCCAAAAAUAUUCCAGUGCUCUGAGUGUGAUUGGUACCUGGUAUGUUACCAUUGUGGUGAUUGUAAAAUACAUCUGGCCUGAUAAAGAAGUCAUGCCGGGGAUUGUUCCCAGCAGUUCUACCUGGACUGCAGUUUUCAAUGCAAUGCCAACCAUAUGCUUUGGUUUCCAGUGCCAUGUCAGUUGCGUGCCAGUGUUCAACAGCAUGAGCAAGAAAGCUCUCAAACCUUGGGGGCUUGUUGUCACACUCAGCAUGAUAAUCUGCCUCUUUGUUUACACGGGGACAGGUACAAGUGUGUUUGUUCAUAGCACUUUGAGUCAUAUCUCUAUUGACAUGAUAAACAGUAAUCAUAAGCAGUGUGAAUAUGUGAGUGAUGCGGUCUUCUACACAUUGUCUAAUUUAAAUGUAUUUUAUUGGAGUUAUUACACAAAUACAUGUUAUAGAAGUGUUGUAGUAGUCAGGUGUUUGUCUCUCCCACCCCCCUUUUUGUCAGGUGUCUGCGGCUUCCUGACAUUUGGCUCCAAUGUCAGCCAGGAUGUGCUGAUGUCAUAUCCUUCUGAUGACAUCGCCGUGGCCAUCGCCAGAGCUUUCAUAGUCGUCUGUGUGGUCACCUCGUACCCUAUUUUACAUUUCUGUGGCAGGGCCGUUAUCGAAGGUCUGUGGUUGCGCUGGCAAGGCGAGCAGGUGGAGGUGUGCGUGCGGCGCGAGCAGAGGCGGAGGAUCGUGCAGACGCUGCUGUGGUUCGCCAUCACCCUCGUUCUCGCGCUCUUCACCCCGGACAUCGGGCGCGUCAUCUCCCUCAUCGGAGGAUUGGCGGCCUGCUUUAUUUUUGUCUUCCCAGGUUUGUGUUUGAUCCAAGCCAAACCGUUGGAGACAGACAGUCGAUCUACCAGGUGGCAUGGACUGGUGGUCUUUGGUAUCGUCAUGGUCACACUCGGAGCAUUUAUCUUCGGCCUCACCACGACUAAUUCCAUCUAUCAAGACGUCGUCAGCUAAAGGGAACAUUUCUGUCCCAGCUUGUGGACAUUUUGCAAUUCUACUAAAUAAGAUGGAAGCUUUUUGUGCCAACUCAUGUAAUCAACCCUGACCACCUCCACCUAGUUGCGCAUCUGUACCACAAAACCAGGAGUAAAGUGAAGACAUCCCAGAAUACAAAGUCAACCUCAGACACUUGUCUUUUAGGUUUGAUAUUACAAUUGCAUGUUUUUACGUUUCUUUUUUUUAGUGCUAUUAAUCCACAGCCGAAGCAGUUUUCGGACAGCAGCCAGUCCACAGCUGCUUAUCCUGUCACCAUGUAGAGAUUACACAUUCCUGUUACAACAUCUAAGGGACUUUGAAUAGACAAGACCUCACAAUGUAAUUGUUUGGACAAUUUAAAUUACGUGGUGGCAGAGUUAAUGUUAAUCAUUGCGGCGGUUCACAGGUCCAUCUAAUCAAAGUCCAGGCGUGUGACUGCAAUGGUGAAUCGAAAUUGGAUGAUAGACAUGGGAUGAUGAAUUGGAUGAUGGAUGACAUUUUGUUUUAAAUGAGUAAUGUUAAUUCUUUGGAAUAAGUCUAAAUUCUACAUCACAGGUGUCAAACUCGAGGCCUGGGGGAUAUAUCUGGCCCACCGCAUCAUUUUAUGUGGCCCACAAAAGUAAAUCAUGAGUCAAUUCUUACAGUAACUUGAACAAUAGUUGAAAAAACUUCUGAUUUCAAAAUCAAUUUAUUGAAUAGAAAAGGCUAUGAAGCAUAUUAUGGUUUCACAGUCUUAAUGACCCUCUGAGGGAAACCGUAUCUACCAUGCAGCCUGUGACCAAAAAUGAGUUUUACACAAAACUAAUGUACAGGACUACCAACCAGUUGGGGGGCUAUUUUUUCUUUUGAAUACUAUAUAUGCAAAAGUUUAGCAUUUAUGAAGCCAUUACAGUGUGUGUACAAGAUACAACUUUAGCGCACAAUAUAAGUUGGUAUAAAGCAGGUGCUGCACAAUGUAAUUUUUGCUAAACCAAAGCUUGAAAUUUGUCUUUUUGAGCUCUGUGGCAGACACUCAACACUACAUCAGAGAACAGCCGGGUUGUAUUUCUCAAAGCAAUAUUUUGUGUUUUAUCUACAGCGUUAAAGGGAUGAAAAUGUAGUUGGUUUUUUUACAAUUUAUCUGAAGGGAAAGCAGGAACUUUUUUUUUUUUUUUUUUAAAAGAGCUUGAAUUUUAGCAUUUGUAUCAAAUGUUUUGGUCAUGAUUUUUCCUCUUUUUGGUGCUGCUGUUUAUUGAAUCACAUGAAUAAAUAGCUUCAUUGAGGUGUUUAUUUGUAAACAAAUGUUCCCCAGAUUGGUGAAUAAACCUGAUAA